AUGAAUCAUCCAUCAAAAAAGCUUAAAGAGCUUGCUCCAUAUGCUCUUCAUUUAGCCAUGGUGGUGGCUGUGGCCAUCUAUGUUGUAGCCGGCGCUUUUGCUAUCAGAGAGAUUGAAGCUUCACCAAAAGUUCAGGAAGCAGCCUUGUCUCGAUUGAAGAGAGAACAUCAGCCUCAGCAUGAACUUCGACGAUUCUCAGCCAACCGAACACGAAGAUGCAUUCUCACAGCUAUAGAGAAGCUGAACAAGUCUCAUAAUUGCUCAAAUAUAGAAGAUGGUCCAUAUUUGGAUAUCGUUGAUAACUGCUAUGAACAUGAUCUCAAAAAAAUUAUUGAACGGAUUAAGCAGAGAAAAAACGAUUAUCUCAAAGUAGAUGAGGGUGAUGAAAGCUCUUCUCAUCCAGAAGAGCUUGAAUACUGGUCUAUCAUGGACUCUGUUUUGUUCUGCUUUACCGUUAUUACCACUAUUGGUUAUGGUAAUGUGGCUCCAAGAACAUUUCAUGGCCGACUAUUCGUAAUAUUAUAUGGAUUAGUAGGAGUUCCAUUUACUAUGUUAGCAUUAGCAAACUUGGGUAAAUUUUUGGCGACUGUUCUUAAAACUUGGACAAAACCUUUCGUGAAUUGUCUUCGACGAUUUGGUCGAAAGUGUUGUCAUCGAAGGUACACAUCAAAAGAGAAACAACGGUUGAUGGAAAAAGAAUCAAAGCAGCCAAAUAAGAUAAUGGAUGAUGAUUCUGAAGAUGGCGAAUCAGAAGCAGCAUCUGAAGAGCCAGACGAUGCCACAACAGAUGGAUUAAUAUUAUUUUUAUCAUUCGUUAUCUAUAUUGUUGUUGGUUCAAUCGUAAUAGCAGCUUAUGAGCCCAAUAUGGACUUUUUCGAGGCAAUCUAUUUCAAUUUUGUAACAUUAACAACAAUUGGAUUGGGUGACUUAGUACCACAGAGUGAAACAUAUUUGGCAAUAACUCUUAUUUAUUGUGCCAUUGGAUUAGCUUUGACAACGAUUGCAAUUGAAAUUGCUGCUGAUGCACUGAAAAAACUUCAUUAUUUUGGACGCAAAAUGGACAAUGUUGCAAAUGUACAAGUGUGGUUUGGUGGAAAAAA